AUUCUCCAUUGACUUGACUAGUUGACUUUGAUGUAACAGAUGUAUCGAUCCCCUUGGAGUAAAUGAAUACGCGGCUAUAGCUUGUAUUUAAAUUCAGAAGGCAGGCAAAUAGGAGAGGUAAUAUAUUAUACAAAAGAAGCUUAAACAUGACAUCCUCAUCAUCUGUUCUAACUGCUUCCAUUGUGGCAACAGUUGUAUGGAUUAUUUUUCUUGCAGUACCCUCGAUAAUGUUAGUAGCAGCAGAUUCACAAGAUUCAGAAGCUCGAGCAUUGUUGGAGAGUGGGUGGUGGAAUGGCCAUGUCAACGACACUGCAAAUCAUUGUCGGUGGCCUGGUGUAAAAUGCAACCACGAUGGAAGUGUCAUCGAGAUUAGCCUUCCAGAUAGUUAUUAUUAUGACGAGGGAGAAAUAGUUACAAGGAUGAACUUUUCUGCCUUCCCCAAUCUUCUUCGGCUUGAUCUUAAUAACAAAGGUUUUAGCGGAAGCAUCCCUCCUGGUUUGGGUCAUCUAACCAAACUUAGAAAUUUGUCUCUUGGGAGCAACCAACUUAGUGGAUCCAUUCCACCAGAAAUUGGGAAGCUACAUAAUUUGGUUGCUUUGGAUCUUUCUGGCAACCUUCUUUCAGGUUCCAUCCCUCAAGAAUUUGGAGACAUGAAGAAUCUCAGCUUUCUACGCAUGAAUUAUAACCAACUUAAUGGUUCCCUACCUCCAACUUUAUGUCUUUUAUCCAAGUUGAAGUACCUAAAUCUUCGGCAAAAUAAAAUCAGUGGUUCUAUCCCCUCAGAAAUAGGAAACAUGAAGAGUCUCAUCUACCUAAAUAUGGUGCAAAACCAAAUUCUUGUACCCUCGAUAAUGUUAGUAGCAGCAGAUUCACAAGAUUUAGAAGCUCAGGCAUUGUUGGAAAGUGGGUGGUGGAGUGGCCAUGUCGACAACAUUGCAAAUCAUUGUAGCUGGCCUGGUGUAAAAUGCAACCACGAUGGAAGUGUCAUCGAGAUUAGCCCUCCAUAUAGUUAUUAUUCUUAUGAGGAAGAAAUAUUUACAAAGAUGAACUUUUCUGCCUUCCCCAAUCUUCUUCGGCUUGAUCUUAAUGACAGAGGUUUUAGCGGAAGCAUCCCUCCUGGUUUGGGUCAUCUGAGCAAACUUAGAAAACUAUCUCUUGGGGGCAACCAACUCAAUGGAUCCAUUCCACCAGAAAUUGGGAAGCUACAUAAUUUGGUUACUUUGGAUCUUUCCUACAACUCUCUUUCAGGUUCCAUCCCUCAAGAAUUUGGAGACAUGAAGAAUCUCAGCUUUCUAUGCAUAGAUAAAAACCAACUUAGUGGUCCCCUACCUCCAACUUUAGGUCUUUUAUCCAAGUUGAAGCACCUAAAUCUUUAGGAAAAUCAAAUCAGUGGUUCUAUCCCCUCAGAAAUAGGAAACAUGAAGAGUCUCAUCUACCUAAAUAUGGUGCAAAACCAAAUCAAUGGUUCCAUCCCCUUGGAAAUAGGAAAUUUGAAGAAUCUAGCUUACUUGGAUCUUGGUUCGAAUCAUUUAGAAGGUUCAAUAACAGGAGAAAUUGGAAAGCAAAAUCCUUGAAAUUCUUGAACCUUGGGCAGAACAGAUUGAGUGGUCUCAUCCCCUUCCAAAUUGGUCGCCUUUCUAUGCUCUCGAAGUUCUAUGUUGACUGCAACUUCAUCAGUGGAGAGAUACCUUUUCAACUUGGGAGUUUAAAGAAUUUAUAGACCUUUAAUCUCAGCCACAAUAGUCUUAUAGGUUCAAUCCCUCCUGCUCUGCUUCAUCUCGUUAGUCUGACCAACUUGUCUUUAGAGUCAAAUCUUUUAGAAGGCAAUAUCCCAAGAGAUAUUGGGAAAGCAAAAUCCUUAAAAUUCUUGAACCUUAGGCAGAAUAGGUUCAGUGGUCCCAUCCCCUUUCAAAUUGGUCGUCUUUCUAUGCUCAUGGAGUUCUAUAUUGACCACAACCUCAUCAGUGGAGAGAUACCUUCCGAGCUUGGCAACUUAACAAAUCUAUUGGCCUUGGAUCUCAGCCAUAAUUUUCUUACAGGUACAACGAUCUUUUAGCACACUUUUUUAUUUGAAAUCAAUUUGUGAUAUACGU